AUGGGGCUGUCCAAGAUUUUACUAGCCCUCGUUUGUGUUUUAGGCUCUGCCCUUCUCCAAUCCACUCAUGCCCAAGACACACCACAAGACUACCUCACUGCCCAUAACAACGCUCGAGCGGCGGUAAACGUUGGGCCAUUGUCAUGGGAUGAGAAGCUACAAGGCUAUGCGCAAGACUAUGCCAAUCAACACAUUGGCGACUGCAAUCUUGUCCACUCUGGUGGGCCCUACGGCGAAAACCUUGCCAUGAGCACCGGUGACUUGUCGGGCACGGAUGCCGUGAACAUGUGGGUGGCAGAGAAGGCUGACUAUAACUACGACUCUAACACUUGUGCCGAUGGCAAGGUGUGUGGGCAUUAUACGCAGGUUGUUUGGCGUAACACAGCUCGUGUAGGGUGUGCAAAAGUGAGGUGCAACAGUGGAGGUACCUUCAUCGGGUGCAACUAUGAUCCGCCAGGCAACUAUAACGGGGAGAAGCCUUACUAA